AUGCUGAAAACCCUGAAAUUUACAGCCUUUUGUUUCCUGAUCUUCAUUUCUCCGUCAUUUUUAGCAGUUCAAACCAAUAUCAGUGACUAUGCAGCUUUAAUGGCUUUCAAAUCCAAACUUUUAGUAAAACCUGACAAUAUUUUAUCCACAAACUGGAGUUCAAGAACUCAUUUCUGCAAUUGGAUUGGAAUUACGUGCUUGAAUGAAAGAAUCACAGGUUUGCAGCUUCCAGGAUUGGCUCUGCAGGGAACAAUUUCUUCGUACGUUGCCAAUAUGACUCAACUUGUUGCAUUAGAUCUCAGUAAUAACAAGUUGGAAGGUGUGCUGCCAAGUGAAUUGGGAUUCUUGCAGCAAUUGAAAAUUCUUAAUACGACAAGAAAUUCUCUCCAGGGCAGCAUUCCAGCUAAUUUGAGCCGGUGUCGGAAUCUUGAACAUCUGGAUUUCUCGUAUAAUUUCAUAGCUGGAAGCAUACCAAUGGAGCUUGGCCUUUUAAGAAAUCUUGAAUACUUGGCCCUUGAUCACAACAAUCUUACAGGCGGCAUUCCUACAUCACUAGGCAACUUUUCGAAGCUGGAUUACUUGUAUCUGGUAGAAAAUGAUUUAGAAGGUGAAAUACCUGGAGAACUCGGAAAUCUUAUUAGUCUGAAACUACUUGCUCUUCGGGGCAACAGCUUUGUUGGAUCAAUACCUCCUCCAAUCUUUAACAUCUCGAAGUUACAAAUAGUUGACAUUUCUGUGAUCGGGCUUUCUGGGGAACUCCCGGAAGAUUUAGGCGAUCAGGUUCCAGAUCUGGAGAGGCUUUUCCUGGACAGCAACAGGAUUACCGGUAAAAUACCAGUGUCUUUGUCUAAUGCUUCUAAACUUACUCACCUGUUUUUCACUGAGAAUGACCUAAGAGGAGAUAUACCGAAUGAAUUUGGUGGGCUGCUCAACUUGCAGUGGUUCGAAUUCGAAUAUAAUCAAAUAUCAGGAAAUAUCCCAUAUAGUCUCUUCAAUAUUUCAUCACUUGAAAUUCUGAGAACCAGACACAAUGACCUCAGUGGGAAUAUUCCUCCUGAUAUUGGCAAAUGGCUUCCUAAUCUUCGAGAAAUUUUCCUGUCACACAAUCAGUUCCAUGGAGAAAUACCCUCUUCAAUAUGCAAUGCCACAAAGCUUGUCUAUCUGGAGGUUGCAAACAAUAGCUUCAGCGGGCCAAUUCCUCAGAUGCUCGGAAACCUGGUAAACCUCGAGCAUCUAAACCUACAAGUCAAUUCAUUAGUGAACAAUCCCGGAUCCACUCAUCUUGACUUUUUGAAUUCGUUGGUUCACUGUAGGAACCUGCAAUUUUUGAUCCUCGAAUCUAAUCCUUUAAACGGUAUUAUACCAGGCUCUAUAGGUAAUCUAUCGAGCAAUCUCAAAGUCUUUACAGCUAUAUCUUGUGAAAUUAAGGGUAGCAUUCCACAUGAACUUGGAAACUUGAGUAGUUUAUUUUACUUGGGGUUAUCCGACAAUGGCCUAGUUGGGGAAAUACCGUCGUCGCUUGGUGGACUGCAAUACUUGGAAAGACUGUAUCUGACUGGUAACAAGUUGGAAGGAACCAUUCCUGCUGAAGUCUGUAACAUAAAAGUUUUAGGGCUAUUGCAGUUGGGAGAGAACAAAUUUUCAGGAUCAAUUCCGACAUAUAUUGAAAAUCUAACUGAAUUGACAGAGGUGUCUUUUGCUGAUAACAAAUUUUCCUCUACUGUACCUCUAGGGUUGUGGAAAUUGGUGAAGAUUGGAGGUCUGAACUUGUCAAAAAAUCUUCUAGAUGGUUCCAUACCUACAGAGGUGGGAAACUUAAAAGAACUCAACAUCAUCGAUCUCUCUUCUAACAAUUUCUCGGGUGAAAUUCCCAACUCUAUAGGGUUCCUUCAGAUGCUACUCACACUUGAUAUGUCCAAAAAUAGUUUCCGAGGUUCCAUUCCGGAUACUUUGAGCAAUCUAAUAGUGCUUGACUUCUUAGAUCUAUCUUCGAAUGCUCUCUCAGGUAAUAUUCCUGAAUCCCUCGAGUUACUGAAAGAUCUCAAGUUUCUCAAUCUUUCUUUCAACAGGUUAGAAGGAAAUAUUCCAGAUAAAGGAGUAUUCACAGAUAUUACUUACCAAUCUUUGAUGGGAAACACAAAACUCCGUGGAGUUCCCAGCUUAAAAUUUCCUUCGUGUCCAGCUCACUCGGGAAGAAACUUAAGAAAGAGAAGAUUGUUCCUUGUCCUUAAAAUAACUGUCCCCAUUGUUGCAUUAGUUUUGCUUCUUGUCAUAUGCCUCCUGGCGUGGAUCGGUUUCUGGAGAAAAAAACCCUUGAAGGAUUCUACUCGAACAGAUUCUCCCUGGAUGGGAUAUCGGAUCAUCACCUAUAACGAACUUUUACGGGCAACUGAAAACUUCAGCGAGUCUAAUGUUCUGGGAAGUGGGAGUUCUUGCAUGGUUUAUAAAGGUGAACUUUCUGAUGGUACCAUAGCAGCAAUCAAGGUUUUCAAUCUACAUUUUGCAAAGGCUCUUAAAAACUUUGAAACAGAACGUGAAGUUCUGAGUAAUGUGAGACACAGAAAUUUAGUCAAAAUCAUCUCCACUUGCACAAAUCUGGACUUCAAAGCCAUGGUACUAGAAUACAUGUCAAAUGGAAGCUUAGAUAAGUGGUUGUACUCCCAAAACAAUUACUCGAGCCCAGUCGAAAGACUGGAUAUUCUGAUUGAUGUAUCAGUUGCCAUGGAGUAUCUACAUCAUGAAUACAUGGUGCCAAUUGUGCAUUGUGAUCUAAAGCCAAGCAAUGUGCUUCUCGACGAGGAUAUGACAGCUCGUGUAGCAGAUUUUGGAAUCACAAAAAUUUUGUCCCCGAACCAACAGCUUGCACAAACCAAUACUUUAGGAACUAUGGGAUAUAUAGCUCCAGAAUAUGGCUUAGAUGGGCAUGUAUCCACGAGGGGUGAUGUUUAUAGUUUUGGGAUUUUGCUCCUCGAGAUAUUCACAAAGAAGAGGCCCACGGAAGAUAUGUUUAGAGGAGACUUGAACUUGCAUCAAUGGGUAAAUAGAUCGUUUCCAGAGGCACUGGCAGAGGUUCUGGAUUCAAAUCUCUUUGUCGAUAAUGGUUUCGUAAAAGAAUGUGGAAGUGCCCCAAUAUUAAAGAAACAAAACCAGAUUGAAGAGUUGCUCGUGCCAACCAUUCAUGUUGGCUUGCUAUGCUCGAAAGAAUCGCCAGAGGAGAGACCCGACAUGAGAGAUGUUGUUGUAAAGCUGAAGAAAAUCAGAACUGAAUUGACGCACAGGAAAUAG